AUGCAGCCAGAGUUCAGCGGGCUCGAGAUAUGCAUUUUGCUUCUUUCAAUCGUGGCAUUUCUCUAUUUUUGCUACGUGUCAAUUUUCCCGCCGGAUAACCGGGCGUAUCCUGGCGCGUUCGGCUAUCAGCAUCUACCACCGCCGCCUCAACCCGCUCGUAUUGGAUUUAUUCGGCCAAAUCAAAACGGUCGUCGGUUUAAUGGUUUUGAGAAUCGUCGAAGGAACAACGUUCAACAACAACAGCAAACUUAUAUGAACUCAACGCAUCGACCAGCGCACAAAAACGGAAAAAUGAUAAACUCUCCUCCACACGACUUGCGAAUGGUACAACAGGUGGAAGGAUAUUGCCGAGUGCAGAAAAGGAUGCCACCCGAUUCACGGUAUCAUUGGGUGAAUCCGAAUAUUGGGGAAAAGCAAAUGCACAACCAGCCACCAAAAGUCACGCCACCACCAUUGGGACCAAAAAAUAUCAACGAAGAGCCGCAAUUCUUUCAAAAUACAGGAUACAAAAAAAUUAAUCAAUCAAAUGGUCGUCUCUCACCACCGAACCUUUUAUCGCAGCAUUUGCCACCACCAUCGUCGAUUGUUCAAACAUCUAGCGCUAGCAGGGUUCUCAAUUUGGAACCUCGACUCGAGAAGCUCUUUCGCACACAAGCUCGACCGGUUUUGGGACUCGAUUGUGAGAUGGUUGGUGUUGGCACCGAGGGAAAGAAGCACGCACUUGCACGAGUGUCCAUUGUGGAUAAAGGGGGAAAGGUGAUCUACGAUUCGUAUGUACGUCCACACGCACAAGUUACCGAUUAUCGUACUUUUGUCUCGGGCAUUGAAGAACAUCACUUGAAAAAUGCUCCACCAUUCUCAAAAGUGCGCAUGGAGGUGGUUCGCCUCGUCUCAAAGUCGAUCCUCGUUGGUCACGGACUUGAAAAUGAUCUCAAGAUUCUCCGACUCGAACAUCCUCCACAUUUCAUUCGUGACACUGCUUACUAUGAGCCGGUUCGUAAACUGGUAGCGAUGACGCGGUGUCCACCAUUGAAAUUGCUUGUCGAACGGGUGCUUGAGGAUGCGACCUUCCAGAAAGGAGCACAUGAUCCGCGCGAAGACGCUUUUGCUCCGGUGCGCAUCUAUUUGAAGUUUCGCGAGGAAUGGGAUCGCGAGAUCUGUAGUGCGUCGUGGGAGAACAAUCGC